AUGGGUCAAAACCAGCAAGCGCAAUCGCAGGAUGAAGAGCUGGAGUUGAUCAGCAUCCAGGACCUGUACAAGUCAUUCAUCAUGGAGUGUCCCAGCGGUUCUUUGUACCUGCAUGAGUUCAAGAGGAUGUUCGGGGUGCACAACGGUACACCUGAGUCAGAAUACAUGGACAACAUCUUCAGAGCGUUCGAUAUGAACGAUGUGAGUAAAAUGCUUGUCUGUUUGCAAUAAGAGCGACUAUAGAUCGUAGUGUAUCCAAUCAAUGCUGGCAUGUUUGGGUCUCAAUGGUAACAAGCUCCUGUCUCACUGAUUUCAGGAUAACACCAUGGAUUUUAUAGAAUAUGUGGCAGCACUUAAUCUUGUCCUGCGUGGAAAACUUGAAGAUAAGCUGCGGUGGUCUUUCAAGGUGUUUGACGGUGACGAUAACGGUCGACUCGACAGGAGUGAACUACGGAAAAUUGUUAAGGUAAAAAGUGAUAUUUUCACCUUACUUGGCUGUGUAGAUUUUCUGCAUUAUAUAGGAGACAAUCUCCUCCUUUUCUGAAGAGAAGGUUUAAUGUGUUGAGUCAAGAGAUGAUUUGAUCUUUGUGAAGGUUCUCAAUCAUCCAGGUUGUGGUACUUCUGGGCUUUUUAAAGAACUUCAACAAAAUCUAGUUGCUUUUGAAAAUGGUUUAAGGUGGAUUAUAUCGUAUAGCUUCAGAUAGGUAGUUUUAUGUUGCGUAUAGUACCAAUUGUCAUUAAUUGUAAACUGUAGGCACAUGUGAACGGUUGAACUGUUGGUUGGAUGUCAAAGUAUAGCAAUAGUUACCUUAGAGGCUUGCAUGUAAACAGUUUAAACUCCCAUGCAAAAGUCUGCAGCUUUUUAAAAUGGACUGAUUUGGUUGAUUUACACAACGUUAGGGGUUAGCUAACAUGAUAGCACCCCAUGACUGAUCCUUUCAGGACUAUGAAUACUUGGAUCAAUAAUGACAAUCACUCCAGUAUUUGUUGAUUCAAAGUGGACAAAUGUUGGGAACAGACCAAUUGAUAAUAAGGCCAUCGGGGUGAUGUUCUCGCCUCUUUAUCAUGGCUGAAAACCAUGAUAUUCCACCAAAAUACCAUGAAUCAAAAUGAAAAAGGUUUUAUUUUCUUCUUUGACUUUCAGAUCAUCUACAAGAUAAAAAAGGGUAACGUACCGGAUGAAUCAGGAGCAGUGAUCCUCACUUCUGAGCAAGUGUGCGAGCGCAUCUUUCAGGAGGUGGACGUGAACAGCGACGGUAUGUUGACCUCACACUGAAAUCCUUCAAAAAUGGGUUGCCCCUGAUGUUAAUCCGUGUAUAACUCACCCAGAGUUGCUUUGUUUGUGCUGCAGGUCAGAUUACGCUGGAGGAGUUUGUCGAGGGGGCACAGAGGAGUCAGUGGCUGCAGAGUUUCUUAAGACUCGAUAUCAAUCCUAAUGGAUAUAUCCAGAAGUACAUGUGUGACAGGAAACUCACAGAGCCCAGAGACACCUGA